GUGGCCCCUUUCGGUUUCUCCUCCUCGCCUCGUCGUACCUAUUUAAUGCCACCUUCGUUCCAAAAAAACCUUAUUCAAUACCAUCUCCCAGUCAAGUAAGGGGAGAGAAGCAGAGGAGCAGCAGCCAAUAGCCGCCCACGGAGAUAGCCAGAGCCAGAGAGCAAGGCUGGAAUUCGAGAGAUCGGAGGGAGGAGGAUGAUGGAGCGGCAGGACGAGGCGUGGUGCUCGUGCUCGCCGAGGCAGUGCAGGAUUUGCCACGAGGAGGAAAGGGACGACGGCUGCGUAACCGCAACCGCAACCGCAACCGCCAUGGAGUCUCCCUGCGGAUGCUCUGGCUCCCUCAAGUAUGCUCACAGGGGGUGCGUGCAGAGAUGGUGCGACGAGAAGGGGAGCACCGUCUGCGAGAUUUGCCUCCAGAAUUACGAGCCUGGAUACACCGCUGCUCCCAAGAAAACUCAAGUUGCUCAUGUCGCAGUCACCAUCAGAGGGAGCCUGGAGGUCCCAAGGCAGGAUUAUGAGGCACCGGAGCAUGCCCCGUUGAUCGGGCUCGACGCGGCGGCGGGCGACCCGGCCUACGCUGAGUGCGCGAGUGCCGCCGGCAGAAGUGCUGCCUGGUGCCGGUCGGUGACGGUGACGUUCACUGUUGUGUUGCUGCUGAGGCAUCUCAUUGCCCUGGUGACCGUCGGCGCCGCGAAUCAAUACGCCUUCAGCCUGCUGACGAUAUGCUUGCUGAGGGCGAGUGGGAUCUUGCUGCCGUUCUACGUCCUCAUGCGGCUUAUCUCCGCGGUGCAGCACGGCCAGAUGCAGUACCGGCUGCAGAUGCUCCAGGAGCAAAGAAGGAACGCAUCAAGAAUGCAACACAGGGUGCCUGGUCAGGGACAACGGCAGCAUGUGAUUCUUGUUGUGUGAGGAGAACAGUGAAGUGGAUGUUGUCCUCUGGAAUAGUCUUAAAUGUAUUAUUAUUGAUGUUGAUCAAGGAGCAAUUAGGAAAAAAGAAAAGAGAAAGUUCAUAAGCUUUCCGGUGUGUAUGUGCACAUACAUUUCUUUCAGUGAUGAAUGAAA